UUCUUUACUCCACCCAUCUCCAAUUCCUCUGGGCAUUGUUCUCUUCAAUGGCUUCUUUGUCCUCGAUCCUUGCACUGCUUGCCCUUGGGAGCUUAGCUCAAGUGAGCCUGGGAGCAAGAACGCUAACGAGCUUAGUUGAGCAGUCAGCGGAGCUCCUCACGUACCACAAUGGAGAAGUGCUCCAUGGAGACAUCGCUAUUUCUAUCAUGUGGUACGGGGGUUUUACCCAUUCGCAGAAGGCCAUCAUCUCCGAUUUCCUCCUCUCCCUCACGCCCAACUCCCAGCCACAACUGGUAGCUCCUUCCGUAGCCCAAUGGUGGAGUACCAUCGACCAACUCUACUUGUCCAAAGCCCGGAACAAGAAGAAGACCAGCAUCGUGGUGGCCGGCCAAGUGUCGGACGAGGGGUGCUCGCUGGGCAAGUCGCUCAAGAUGUCUCAGGUGUCGGAGCUGGCGGCGAAGGCCGGUCCCAAGAAGGGCGGCAUCGCGUUGGUUUUCACGGCGGACGACGUGGCGGUCGAGGGCUUCUGCAUGAACCGGUGUGGUUCGCACGGGUCGAACCUGAAGUCCGGCACGGCCUACAUCUGGGUAGGGAACGCGGCGAAGCAGUGCCCGGGGCAGUGCGCUUGGCCCUUCCACCAGCCACUCUACGGCCCGCAGACGCCACCACUGGUGGCGCCCAACGGCGACGUUGGGGCUGAUGGGAUAGUGAUCAACCUGGCAAGCAUGGUAGCCGGAGCAGUCACCAACCCAUUCGGAGACGGCUUCUACCAGGGGCCGAAGUCGGCGCCGCUGGAGGCGGCCACGGCGUGCCCUGGGGUGUACGCGAAGGGAUCCUACCCUGGAUACGCCGGCGACUUGAGGGCUGACCCGUCGACCGGGGCCAGCUAUAACGCGAAUGGGGUCAACGGUAGGAAGUUCCUGCUUCCUGCUCUGUUAGACCCCGCCACCUCCACUUGCUCUACUCUCGUCUAGACUCUGUUUCCUUAUUUGUAUUUGCUAUUGCUAACUUUGGUGUACAUAGUUCUAGCUCUAUCAAAGAUUGCUUAAUUCGUUUUUAUUAA